AUGGAAGCACCUGAGCCCAGGACCUCAAACCCUGAGAUCCUAUCCCCGUACAGGGUCUCCCCGCCCCAGCCCCACCGACCCCUGCCCCACAAACCCUUUCCCAACCCAACCGACCCUCCCGACCCCUCGCAGCCCCCACAGACCAUUCCCUCAUCCCCACCCCACCACCCCCAACUCAGCCCCACAGACUCCCUCACCCCACCUGGACCCCGGCACAAGAGCGAAGCAGAGCAGGAGGAGGAGGAGGAAGAGCUCAGCGCACAGGGAGCCGCCGGCCCCGGCAGGCUGCUGCCGAGCACAGAGCGCUGGGAGGGAGACCCCGGCCCGGCCCCUCCGGCUGCUGCGGCCACGUGUGACGGGGAGCGGAAGCAGCUCCCAGCCUGCAAUGGAAGUCCCGCCCACGGGCGGGCGGCUGCAGCCAAUCAGAAGAGACCAGAGCGCGGCAGCUCCUCCCCCUGGGCGCUGCCGAGGCACAGCGAGGAGCUGCCGCUGCCGGCCGCGGCCGCCAUUGCUGCCCCCACGGCCGGGCAGCCGCAGCCAAUCAGAGCCGCCGAAACAGCCCAACCACGCCCCCAAGUCUCCGCAGGGAACCGCCCCUGCCGGCCGCGCGCACCAUUGGGGCUGCCUCCAGGCCAGAGGCUGCGGAGCGCUGGAGCAGCGCCUGGGCUGUGCGCGCCGACAUCGCUGUCGCGACAGAGCUGCGGGGUCGUGAGUAUGGCCUCACAGAAGGACCCAGGAAAGAGCUGGGAGGACAAUCAGCACCCAGAGAUCAAGUUGGAGAAGCCCAAGUGCAGUCCCAAGGGAGAGGAGCAGGAAAAAGAGAAGAUGGAGGAUGAUGUUGUGAAGAAUGAUGACUAUGAAGAGAAGGAUAAUGAUGAUGAUGAAGGUCACCAGGGGGAGGAAUGUAUGGAGGAGGAUGAAGUCAGAGCAGGUCCCUCAGUGUCACCGAAACAGCUGAAUCAGUGCCCUGAGUUUGGGCAGAGCUUCCCACCUGGCUCAGAGCCAAUGAAGCACCACUGCCCCCAGCCUGGCUCCCGGCCCUUCGUCUGUGGUGACUGUGGCAAGAGGUUCAGAUGGAACUCUGAGCUCAUCCAGCACCACCGCACCCACACUGGAGAGAAACCAUUCACCUGUGCUGACUGCGGACAGGGCUUCAUCCGUCGUGCCACUCUCACUCGGCACUGCCUCACCCACACUGGAGAGAGGCCCUUCUCCUGUGACAGCUGUGGCAAGCGGUUCAGGCAGAUCUCUCAUCUUAGUUACCACCACCUCACCCACACCAGUGAGAAGGCCUUCACCUGCAGGUACUGCGGCAAGAGUUUCAAACAGAGCUCUACUGUCCUCAUCCAUCUCCGCAUCCACACCGGAGAGCGUCUGUUCCCCUGUGCCGAGUGCGGCAAGAGCUUCACCACGAGCGCCAAAUACAUCCAGCACCAACUCAUCCACAGCGGUGAGAGGCCUUACAGCUGUACCGACUGCGGCAAGAGCUUCACCCAGAAGGGAAUCCUCACAGAGCACCGUCGUGUGCACACUGGCGAGAAGGCUUUCAGCUGUGCUGAGUGCGGCAAGACCUUCAGCCGUAGGGGCGAUAUCUUUCACCACCACCGCACCCACACCGGUGAGAAACCUUUCACUUGUGCUGACCGUGGCAAGAACAUCAGCCGCAGGGGCCAUCUCAUUGCUCACCGCCGCACCCACACUGGUGAUAAGCCUUUCACGUGUGCUGCAUGCAGUAGGAGCUUCACCCGGAAGUGUAAUCUCAACAAGCACCGCUGCACCCACACCUGA